UCCAAGGAGAUUCUGCCAUCCAGUCCCUCCUGGGUAAAUUGCAAACGACCUUUCGUUUUACAUUUUCCAAGGACAAAGAUCAUCAUUUAAAAGUGACCGAUUUUCCUUCUAAGAAUAUAAAAGGAUGGAGAUUCACUCAAUGCAACCCUCCUGUGAUCACUGAGAGUCAUGUUGUUGAUUAUAGUGCUAGUAAAAGUUCUGAGCCUCCAUACAUUCAAGUAUCAGUAAAACCUGAUCAGUCUGAACCUGUUGCUGAUGAGAUGUCCCAUGCUUUAUCUAUUGAUGGUAUAAAAAUAUCAUCUGAUGCAUCUACUGUUCAAUGGAAUAUUGAAGUAUCAAAGAAUGACUUAUUACCAACCACUCCUUCAUCAAUUGUUCCAUCAGUUGUUGCUGCCACAUCAACUGAAAGAGCACGAGCAGAGUUAGUUAUUGCACCAGUUAUUCCAGAAGUUGCUUAUAGAGUGAUGUCAGAAUGUAUUUCAGCUUUCAAACACUGUGGGAUUGAUCUUCACUUCUUAGCAGAGAAGUUAUUAGAGAAGAAUAUAAUAAAUAAUAGACAAAAGAAGAAAGCUACUGAUGAACACAGUGGACGUACCACUGACCAGAGAAUGGAUCAACUACUUGACAUUAUUAGAGACUCUGUACACCGUGAGGGGGGGGUACAAGAGUAUAUUUUAGAAAUACUCAAAGAUGAAAAUACCAUACUAGCUAACAAACUUCUUCCCACUAGCAGAAUGAUACAACAAGCAGCAACUCUCAAUGGUAAUCAUCAUCCUCAGUAUAUUCCUCAAGUUGCCGGUGGUGGCUAUCAAACUACUUCAAGCUCCAGUCCUUGGCAUAGCUAUUAUACUACACAGCCCCCAACAGCAGUAGUG